UUUUAAACUAAUCUAUUUAAAUUACGGAUUACAGUAAUAGCUCAUAAGUAUGUGACACGUGGACAUCAUUAACAUCUUAUUUAUCCGAUUGAACUGAUGAUACUGAUCUUCUUGUCUUCAUUGUUCACUCUCACUCUCCAACGGCUUGAGAAAACCUUCAAAGCUUAGAGAAUGUCGAUGUUAAUGGCGGCCAAAUCCACUUCACUCUGCAACUCAAACACUUCAAUUUCAUCCAGAAUCAGUCGAACCCCUCGCGCCGUCAGAUCGGUUUAUCCGACGGUGAGAAUGCAGUCACGUGUUCACCGUCUGAUCGAAGAGCAAGGCGCUGUGCUUAUUCCCGGGGUCUACGACGCUUUAUCGGCGGCUAUCGUGCAGCAGACGGGAUUCUCCGCCGCGCUUAUCUCCGGCUACGCCCUCUCCGCCUCUAUCCUAGGAAAACCCGAUUUCGGUUUGAUAACACCGCCGGAGAUGGCAGCAACGGCGAGAUCGGUUUAUACUGGUGGAGGAAAUGCCCUCAAUGUUCAAAGAACCGUGAAGGACUUAAUUGCAGCAGGUGCUGCUGGUUGUUUCCUUGAGGACCAGGCAUGGCCAAAGAGGUGUGGUCAUAUGCGUGGCAAAGAGGUCAUACCUGCGGAGGAGCACGCUGCUAAAAUAGCAUCAGCGAGAGACGCUAUUGGAGAUUCUGACUUUUUCCUCAUCGCUAGGACCGAUGCUCGUGCUCUGUCCGCAAAAACAGGACUUUCAGACGCAAUCGACCGUGCCAAUCUCUACAUCGAGGCAGGAGCUGAUGCUUCCUUUGUAGAGGCACCGAGAGACGACGAUGAGCUUAAGGAAAUCGGAAAGCGCACGAAAGGGUACAGAUUGUGUAACAUGCUUGAAGGUGGGCGCACGCCAUUGCAUACCCCUGAUGAGCUUAAAGAAAUGGGCUUUCAUUUGAUCGCUCACCCGCUUACCUCGCUCUAUGCAUCAACUCGAGCUCUUGUCGACGUUCUCAAGAUCCUCAAGGAAAAGGGAACUACCAAAGAUCACUUGGAAAAGAUGAUUACUUUCGAGGAGUUUAACCGUUUAGUGAACUUGGAUUCAUGGUACGAGCUGGAAACUAAGUACUCAAAUCUCAGAAACGCUCUUGCGACAACAACAAAGUCAUGAGAUUCUGAACACACUGGCCAACAAUGGAAGCUAAGCUCUUGUGCAAUGUCUCUCCAAGGAUUUCUCAGUAAUGAAUGUUUCACCAAUAACGUAAUCUUCUUUUUCACUUGCUAUGAAGCUGUUUUUAUCAUAUUGUAUCAAUGGUAUUGUGUUUGUGAUUUUAGCAUAUUCAACAAGGCUAUUACAACUUCUAAGACCCUAUGGAAGUAUCUGACAUGUAAAAAAAAACUCAAAAAAGUUGUUAUAUAACAGUGAAGCUUGUUCAUGCUUUUCUCGGACAAACCAG